AUGCGGUACCUUGGUGAUUCAAGGACCUCGGUGGCAAAUGACGAGGAGUUGCAAAGGUGGGGCUUCGAUGUGGGAGUCCUGGGCGGCUUGCGGUUGAGUUUGGCGCACGAACCAAAGCCAGCAUUGGGCAUUGCCAGCUCACCCGCGAUACAAGAUGCUGAGCCAGAACAGGCUCCCAGGCGGCCGUAUGCCAUUGUGGUAGCGGGCGCGACAGGUUUCACAGGACGUUUGAUGGUUGAGCAUUUGGACGCCAUCUAUACGGCUGGGCAGGCCGACGCCAGCUCGAAAAAAUGGGCAAUUGCUGGCCGGAACCUCAACAGGUUGCGGAGUCUAGCCUCUUCUUGCCGAUCUUCGCCAGACGUGCUUUUAGCAGACAGUGACGCUUCUCUGGAAGAGGUUGCCCGCCAGGCCAUCGUCCUCGUAGCUGCGGCAGGCCCAUACUCCCAAUGUGGAGAAAUGGCCGUCCGCGCUUGUGUCAAAAGCAAGACGCACUAUGUGGAUGUUUCUGGCGAGACAAUUUGGAUGCAGAAUAUGCUCGAGCGUUAUCACGAGGAAGCCAAAGAGAAAGGUGUUCUUGUCGUCCAGGCAGCAGCACAGGUUUGUGCCAUUGAUGACAUCAACUGCUACCUCUUGGCACAGAAGCUGGGACCGUUAAAGCAGUUUCGCGAGUACUUCUUCCAGUACGGUGGGACCACAGGCGGGACCUUUGCUACAAAUGCUGCUGGCAUGGAGGACAUGACAGAGGAGAAGCUGAAGGUCCAGAACGAUCCCUUCAGCCUCGGGGGCCGUCGGGCCCGGGGUGUGCAGCCCGAAGAUCAUGACUGUUCGGAGACGGCGCAGGAUCCCAUUUACUCUUCCCUCUGGCUUCAGCCGGCGUACAAUGGCCACACUGGAGGUCGCAUUCUCCGACGCAGCUGCCAGCUCUUUGAAGAGGCUGAAGGCGACUCUGCCCCACGCUACGGAAAAGACUUGCUUGUCGUGAUCCGCGAUGCAGCGCAAAGCAAGCGCGCGGGCGAGAUGGCCGCCAAGGCCAUGGCCCCGAUACGGAGCAUAGAGGAUGCAAAGAUGGCAGCAGGCCUCAUGAAGAUGCAAGUGGCGCAGGGUCAGAUGCCAAAGCCCGGAGAGGGGCCCCCGCCUGAGACACGAGCCCACUACUUCUCAGAGGUUUUCGCUCUCGGCGAAGCAGAGGAUGGCAGGUGGGCCCACGUUCACUACACUGGACCGGAGGCCUAUGAGGUGACGGCUAUGGCCGCAGUCACUGGCGCUUUGGUGAUAGUGGAGGAAGAGGAGACCAUACAACCCGCGAGGCGGGGAGGCAUCGUCACUCCAGCGUUCGCUUUCCACGGUACAAGCUACGUACGCCGCUUGGAAGCCAUGGCCUUUGCAGCCGCGAAGAGCGGUAGGCGAAUGAGCUUCAGGCUGGAGGAUGGCAAGCCCACAGAGGACGUACUGAAGGAAGCAAUCACGCGCAAGACCAAGAGUGCGGUGCAGGGCCAGGCCGAGAUCAAUGCGGGAAAGCUGCGGGCGUGGGCCUGA